AAAAUGCAUUUGAGAGAGAAGGGUGAAAAGUCAUAGAGGCAUGGGUGUGAUGGGAGGAGAAGAAGGGAUUGAGGAAGGUAGAGGGUCAAAAGAGCAAGAACACUUUGUACUUAUCCAUGGCAUAGGUGGUGGAGGUUGGUGCUGGUACAAAAUCCGGUGUCUUAUGGAGAAUUCCGGCUACAAGGUCUCAUGCCUAGACCUUAAAGGUGCCGGAAUUGAUCAAUCCGAUGUUGAUUCCAUUCUCUCCUUUGAUGAUUACAAUAAGCCUCUCAUGGAUUUCAUGUCUUCUUUGCCAGACAACGAACAGGUGAUACUAGUGGGGCACAGUGCAGGAGGGUUGAGUGUUACUCAAGCAUGUCAUAAAUUUGCUAAUAAGAUCCGUUUAGCAGUGUAUGUGGCAGCAACUAUGCUCAAGUUUGGGUUCUUAACCGACCAAGAUCUUAAACAAGGGGCACCAGAUUUAUCAGAAUUUGGUGAUGAUGUAUACAAGCUAGGAUUUGGAUUGGGAGCAGAUAAGCCUCCAACAAGUGCUUUGGUGAAGAAAGAAUAUCAACGCAAAAUCAUAUACCAAUUGAGCCCUCAUGAGGAUUCAACCCUAGCUGAAAUGCUGCUAAGGGCAGGGCCAGUACAAGCAUUAACAAGUGCAAGAUUCAAUAACAAUGAGGAAGAAGUGGAGAAGGUGGCGCGCGUGUACAUAAGGACAAGGCAUGACAAUGUGAUUAAGGCAGAACAACAGGAAGCCAUGAUUAAGAGUUGGCCACCUUGCACUGUUUAUGAAUUGGACAGUGACCAUAGCCCUUUCUUCUCCACUCCAUUCCUUCUCUUUGGCUUCCUCGUUAAGGCUGCUGCUACCUUUGACGUUGGAUGCAACUAAUUAAUAAUAAUAACUAUGUAUCUAUACUUCUUUUCUUCUUAGCUUUCAUCUUAAUUAGCUUCCAUACAUGAAUAAAUGUGCUGUGAUUAUGAGA